AUGAUUUUAAGCCAGCAUCGAUUGAUACAUCAUGUGAGGGGGACCUCCAAGUGGGGAAAGGAGAUGACGUAACAAUCACUUUGCCACAUAUUCCAGGUUCAACUCCUCCAAUGACUGUGUUUAAAGGAAAUAAAAGGCCAUAUCAGAAGGACUGUGUGCUUAUUAUCAAUCAUGACACUGGGGAAUAUGUGCUGGAAAAACUUAGUAGCAGCAUUCAAGUCAAGAAAACAAGAGCAGAGGGCAGCAGUAAGAUCCAAGCCCGAAUAGAACAACAGUCUGCCCGAGCAUCCCAGCCUCCUUCACAGUUCAGAGCCCCCACCAAGCCAGCAGUUGGACCUAAAACUUCUCCUCUGAAAGAUAAUCCUUCUCCUGAGCCUCAGCUGGAUGACAUUAAGAGAGAGCUGAGAGCAGAGGUUGAAAUUAUUGAGCAGAUGAGCAGCAGCAGUGGAAGCAGCUCAUCGGAUUCAGAAACCUCAUCUGGGAGUGAAGAUGAAAGCUCCAGCAGUGAGGGGGAAGAGCCGGCACAUGUUUCCCCUUCCCAGCCACCACACCAGCAGUAUAACAACAGGAAUGCUGUUGCUAACGGCACCAGCAGGCCGCAAGGAAGCAAUCAGCUCAUGAACACGCUCCGAAAUGACUUGCAGUUGAGUGAGUCUGGGAGCGACAGUGAUGACUAGAGGCUGAGCUUUUGCUGUUUCUGUUACAUAUACAUGAAGAACUAAUUUACCUUGAAGUGAUCCUAGUGCUUAUGAAGAGGAGCUGGCACAGCGAUAGUUCCAUGUGUGGAAUUUUAAUAGGAGAAAUGCAUAGCCCUACAAAAUAGCAAAUGUUGAGGGCUGGUUUACUUUGUGAAUUAAGUGUAUAUUUUGUGUAUAUUCUUAUUCUUUUAAAGCUUUAAAUAGAUAUGUACAGUGGGUAAGCCAGUAUAUGUUCCUAUCUAUGUUCAUGUCCAUCAUCUGCAAGUUUAAUGUGUAACUAUAUGAUGUAAUCUGCAAAUGUCUUGUUUGUGGAAGAUACUCAGCCCAUCAUGACCUUUGGGGGGGACUUUUGUAUAUAGGGUGAGCAUGAGCCAACAAUGAGUUUAAAAAACCAUGCAGGAGCUAGUGCGUGCACUGAAGUGGGACUGUCGUAAAUUAAGUUUCAAUACUAACUUGAUUUCUUUGGUUUGGGACUUUUCUAAUGUCUUUUUAUUGCUAUUUAUGGUUGAUUUAAUGGACUUACUUUUAGACAG